UAAACGUUUACAGUGGCUUCAGAGUUUUGAACCGCCCUGCUGAGGUUGCGGGAUCUAUACCGUCUGCGUGCUUUGCCUGGAUUGCGGAUCGCGAUGACCGUCCCCUCCCUGGAGGAGCUGGACUCCUUCAAGUACAGUGACCUGCAGAGCUUAGCCAAGAGUCUUGGCCUACGGGCUAACCUGAGGGCAGACAAGUUGUUAAAAGCCUUGAAAGCCCACCUUAAACAGGAAGCAAGAAAAGAAAACGAGAAUCAGGAUGAAAGUCAAACUUCUGCAUCCUCUUGUGAUGAGACCGAGAUGCAUGUUAGCAGCCAGGAACAAGUUGAGGGGGAGCCGGCCGGCCACGUCACCAACAUGAGAAGGCGCAAGACAGUCCACAGGAAUCCUGACUCUCAGAUGAAUGGAAGUGUGCAAACUGAAAACGAGCCACCACCGGUGUCAAAAUUGCAGGAACAUUCUGAGGUACAAACAAGUGAUCCAGCUGAGUUCCAGAAUCAAGAAAUGCAGGAAAACCAGGGCCUCAAAACUGCUGCAGAAGUUCCUUCUCCACCAGAUGAGAGCCAAGGAGGUAAUGAAGAUUCAAAGGUACCUUCAGAAAGAAAGAAGUUUCUCUACACAGAUGGAUUUUCCAAAUCUAGAAAAAUUAAAAGAACUGCAAGCACUACUCCAAACUUUAAGAAGCUGCAUGAGGCUCGUUUUAAGGAAAUGGAGUCCAUUGAUCAAUAUAUUGAGAGGAAAAAGAAACAUUUUGAACAACACAAUUUACUUAAUGAACUGAAGAAACAGCCCGUCAUGAAGGGAGUGGUGGCAACUCCAGUUGGUGUCCAAGGAAGACUGUCUGUGGCUUGUACCCCCACAAGCCAGCAGCGCUCUCAAGGCCAGUCGCGAGGCGCUGCAGGUCGGAGCACCUCAUGUGUGAAGGGGGCGGUCAAGCGCUCCACUCUCUCGGCAACUAAAAUGAAUGUCAGAUUUUCAGCCACUACUAAAGAUAAUGAACAUAAGCGUUCACUAACCAAGACUCCGGCCAGAAAGUCUCCACAUGUGACCAUAUCUGGAAGUACCCCAAAAGACCAGGCUGUGCUUGGGACACACAAGUUAAAGACCACAAAGGGGGAUUCUGUUGCAGUUGUUACUCCUUUCAAGUUGAUGGCUGAAGCAGCACAGACUCCAGUCUCCCAUAAGAAACCAGUGUUUGAUCUCAAAGCAAGUCUGUCUCGUCCCCUCAGCUAUGAGCCACACAAAGGAAAACUGAAACCAUGGGGAUCAUCUAAAGAAAAUAAUGAGCAUGUAAACAGAGUUAGCUUCCGUAAGAAAACUUACAAACAGCCUUGUCUCCAGACCAGGGAGGAGCAACGGAAGAAACAUGAGCAAGCACGAAAGGAGAAGAAAGCAAAGGUUUUGGGAGCUCGGAGGGGCCUCAUUGUGGCUGCAGAUUAAUAGCUUUUUAGCAUUCUGUAAAUAUUCCUUUAUUCUGAACCUUUUUUUUGUAAAUACUUUCAUACUGUCCUCCCCACUUUAGUCGAGAUCUUUUUCCGCUCUUAACUUUGUUUAUAAUGUGUACUGUUGGUAGGUUCUUCACAUGCUACUCUGAAAAGAUGUUAUUACCUUAGAGCUCACAAAUUCUGCAAAAUGUUUUUAACCUAAGUCCCUGUACAGUUCAGUUUUCUAUAGAUUUUUGACCAAAUUUUUAAUGUCAAAUUCCCUCUGCUGGCACUAACAUGAACAAAACUGCAUUUCUCUUCUAGGCAAAAGCAUUUACCUGAUGGUAGCUAGUUGUACCACAGGCUUUAGUAGAAAUUGAACAAUAAUAACGUGUUAUGAAUACGGUAAGCUGGGAAAAACCGUCACUUCAUCCCUAGAGAAUCUAGCAGUCUUAGUGAAUCUGUGGGCCAUAUGGGUCGAUCAUGGCAUCAGUAUUUUUACCUAUGUGAAGUGUUGUGCUCAAGCUCAUGUGCACCUUUGUUCAGAUCACGUCAUGUAAUCUGCAUCCGUCACUCAAUAGAUUCUGAAAAACUAUAGCUCAUUCUAGCCUUGCUUAUUUAAAAAUACACAGGGGCAUACUGCAAUUUGAGGAGUGCUGCUUUAAGGAUUACUAUGCUCUGUCAAACUUAAAUCUUAUUCAAUUUAUGGGCAAGAUUAGCAUGGCUUAGUAUCAUAUCGAUGUUUGUUGCACCUAAGUAGAGCUUCUGAGUUUUGUACUGCUUAAGAUUUUCAUAAAUAAAUUUUUUUUCUCAUGG